ACUAGUUAUAAUAUUUUUUGGUCCGUACUCCGUUUGGUAUUUCAAACUUAUAAUAUUAUAAUUUACUGACGAGUAUCAUACGGUGGUAUUAGUCGAAGUUUGACAUUUUAAGAAAUAUUUCAUCUCAAUACAGUUGACCAACAAUAGAUACUAAUGGGCCAUUAGUAAUGGCAUAAAAUAUAUAAAUACAAUUCCGUGAUAGACGUGCAGUAUAUUUUCAUACUAAUAGGUAUGUAAUAUUAUUUUAUCGAGUGGUAGUGCCCACUAUACCGCUGAAAUAUUGUCUUUUAUAAUAUUUAUAGGACGACGAUCAUCUGUCGGGCGAUGUAUUCGUUUUUGACUUGUGACUUACGGCGCCUCGUGUGUGUGUGUGAUAUUAAUCGAAACAUUUAUACGGUGCUUAAGAUAUAAAAAAAACGUAUUCAUUAAACGCGUUAUUGUUUGGGAGAAAAAAAAUUAUUAGGUACUACGAUGAUAAUGUCUUGUCGUGUGUAUUGUUCCGGUGAGACCCGCGCGUACUUACUACAUAAAAUACAUUAUGUAUUAUUAUAUAUCUAUCGUGUAUUUUUUUUUAUCCCGCGGCAGUUCUGCUGCAGCAGCAGAGGCAGCAAGCGCAGAGCUAAGAGGAGAAGCGUCGUCGAUGGUUGGCAGCAGUGUUGCGCGAGGGGUCUACACACGACCGUCGUAUUACUAUAGUGCAUAUCCUCCGCGUUUUAUUGUGCCGUAUUACUAUAUACACGCACGUCGCACGGUCAUAUAUAUAUAUACACUCGCCAUAUACAAUAUAUAUACAUGUGCCAUAUACAUUAUGAUAUAUAUAAUAUUAUAUAUACACGCGUAUAUACGUACAUAGUAGUAUAUAGUUUAUGCGGCGGCGAUGGCAUGGGCAGGUGGUAGUGCGGCGGCGGCGGAUACACAGUGUACGGCAGCGGCUUAGAGGUGGUGGCGUAUACAUGUAUAUGUAUAUCAUAUUAUACGAAGCAUACGCACACGCACACGGUUGCGUGCGCGCUCGUAUAGCAUCGUGUGUUCGUACGUAGAGCCUGUUGCUCCUUCGCCGUAACAGCGCGGCCCGUGUUUCAGUGUAACGGCGGCUUUCCGUGACAAUGGACACGAUGCCGAAGCCGUCCUCCUAGUCUCCGCCCAGCAGUGCGUGGCUUCGCGCGGUCGAGUGAGAGCGAGUGAGAGAGAUUUAUAGAGCCGCAGACGGGGAUACCUCUCGUACGUCGUCGUCACGUGCUGCGUGCGUUGUUUCCGUCGUCGUCGUCGUCGUGCUGCCGCCGUGUCCGUGUGUUGUUUCGCGCGCGCGUGCGUGUGUGUGUGUGUGAGUUUUUCUGACGUGUGCGUGCGCGUGUGUACCUCACAGCGACCAUCUGUGCGCGCCCCGUCGUCGACAUCAUCAUCGUCGUCGCGCAUUUCGCGUGUGACGGGGGAACAGAAAAUAUUCGGGCAAAGAGGGUGGUGUGUAAAUACGCAGAAGCGUAGGAGGAGUAAGGUGACCGUCGUAUACGAUUUUCGUAGUACUAUUAUAAUAUUGUAUAGUACGAUACCACCACGACCGCCGGGGUGACGAUCAUCGCCAGCCGCCGGCAUGCACCACUACCGUACCAGAGAAGACGAGACGCCCUGCGGGGGCGACCCGUAUUUCUAUCUCAGGCUCUCAGCCGGCGCGGCCCCUUACAGCCCCAUCAAGCUCGAAGUGGACGUGAAACCCGAACCCCAUAUGACGCCCGUCGACUGCUUGCAACACGGUUCCCCGCCAGCCGACUCAGGUUCCGCGGUCAUGGAUACUGUCGGCGGUUGCGGUAAUGCCGCCGUCGUGGCGGACAUCGGUGGUUGUGGCGGCGUUAUCGUGGGCGGCGGUGCCGGUGUCCGUUGCAAAGACGAAGGGGGCGCAACCGGAAUCGGUCUGCUGGCCCUCACGCAGCUCGACGGUUACGGCGGCUACAACAAUAAGUCGUACUGUCACGCCGACGGCGGCGCGGUCGACUUGCAGCUGCAGCAUGACCGCGUUGGCGACGACGACGUCGACAAAGAGCACUCCAAAUAUUCGUACGGUCGACUGAUAUACUCAUCGCCCGAUGAUGAUAGUGUUAUAAAACAUCAGUAUGGUGGUGAUGAAUUUACACCAGACCCAGCUAGAUUUGCUGCUCAAAAACCUGGUUCAUCUGUGUACAAUGCUGAUUCUUAUUACUUGGACGGCACUGGAAAUAAUAGUGAUGUUUGGACAACUAGUGCUACUGCUCAACUUCAGUCUCCUACAACGUAUACAACAUAUACCAACCCACCCAAUUCGUUGCUGACCACGUCUCCAAACAUGACGCCAAACAAUUUUCCGCCAACAAAUACUAUGCUAACACCAGAAAAUUUGGGCUAUAAUACUAUUGGUCCAAAUGCUAGUAUACCUCCUAGUGGUGUUUCACCUGCUACAGAUGGCCUAGGCACUUCCCCUCUACCACCUAUGUCAAGUUUGCGUGGAGUUCCUCCUUCUGCACCAAGUCCAAUUGCAGUUACCCCUAGCUCAAUGAUGUACCCAGGACAUAACAGUCCCACUAUUCAAUCUCCCGGGGAUACACUUGUCAAAACUUUAGCAUCAAUAUAUCCCACUGACCAGAGUGUCAGCAGUUACAGUUCAAAUCCAUCUACACCUGUAAGUUCACCACCACCUUUGGCACCUUUAGCGCCUGCAAACAGUGCCGGAUCUUGGACCCCUGGCGUAGUACCACCUCAUCCUGGAUCUCCUCAUUUCCCUACUGACCAUCGCACUAUUCAUUUGGGUAGUCGUAUGGAAGAAAGACUGGACGAUGCCAUAAAUGUUCUAAGAAAUCAUGCCGAAAGUCAGGCUUUAAGCUUAGCUGGUGUUCAACAUUCCGCUUCAGGCAUUGUACCAUUGUAUCAUCAACAUUUAGGAAGUCCCCAUUCAGCUACUGCUACAGUUGGAGGUGUUCCAAAUACUUACCAAACACUUUCAACAUGUCAAGACAGUGAUGGGCCAAUCAAAAUUGAAAGACUAAGCAAUAUCAAAAAACGGAAAGAACCUCCAGACAGUUCAGAUACCAAGCCUACUAGCAGUGAUCACUUGUUAGUAAAUAACAUCGUUAAUGCCAAUUCACCCCCAAACAAUUCGCCUAUAAAUAAAAAUUCAAAACGACCCCGUCGAUAUUGUUCUAGUGCUGAUGAAGAUAAUGAAGAUCCAUCAACUAAAGCACACAGAGAAAAAGAACGCAGACAAGCCAAUAAUGUCCGUGAAAGAAUUCGAAUUCGUGACAUUAACGAAGCAUUAAAAGAACUUGGCAGGAUGUGUAUGACACACCUAAAAACCGAUAAACCUCAAACUAAACUGGGUAUUCUCAACAUGGCUGUUGAAGUCAUCAUGUCAUUAGAACAACAAGUUCGAGAGAGAAAUCUUAAUCCUAAAGCCGCUUGUCUAAAGAGGAGGGAAGAAGAAAAGGCCGAAGACAAUGUUGGACCAAAAUUGGGACAUCAUUUAUCGGUAGCCCAACACAUGGUUGUCCAAGCACCACAUUUUCCACCCAUGACUUUGCCAAAUAAUCAAGCAGGCUUGCCUCAUAAUGGACCCCAGUAGCGAUGAAGUACAACUUCACCUCAAAUAUUAUUCUCCUAAGUGAUCUGGAGGUAAUGGCAUUAAAUUGCCCUUACAUUAAAUCUCCGUUGAAAUAUUGCCAAGUAUAUUAUAUUAGUGAUAUUUUUUUUCGUAUGACAUUGUUUUUUUUUAUAUACUUGCAACAUAAAUGAUUUUUUUGCCCUUUGUGAAUAUACAAGCUAAGCCCGAAGUUUUAAUAGACAUUUAGAUUAUAUAUUUUAAAUGUAAGUCUGAAUUCAGAGUAUUUAUCAGAGUAUAAACGUACAAUAUUCAAAUAUUUUUGCUCUUGUUAAAAAAAAUUUAUAAAUAUAUAUUAUCGCAUAUACAUUUCAAUUUUUAUCCUGAAUUCAGUCUAAAAUCCAUAUUUAAUUUAUACACUGAAACGUCUUAAAUUUCCAAAUCCCUUUUCCAAUAUAAGAUUUCUUAAUUUAAAACCAGUAAAUAAAUCACAAUCAUGCCUAACAAAUAAUUGCAGUAAGUACUAAUUUGAAUUCAAAACAAGUACCCAAAUUAUUUUGCAACCAUUAUCUUUUAUGUUGUUUUUUAUUUACAUUUUAUUAUUGUUAUCAUUGGCGCAACUAAUUCAAAAAUUAAGAUAAUAAGCUCUUCUUCUAGGUUAAAUCCUUUUUUACAUUCCUAAAAUAUUCUUUACCAAAUAAUUAUAUACAUAUAUAUUAUUUUUUAUAACUAUGAACUGUUCUUAUCUGUUUAAAAAUAAUGACAUGUUUAUGUAUAUAAUAAUAUAUAAAUACAUUAUAUUUUGACCAUGUGUGUUUGGCUUAGAUCAAAAAAACAUGGUAAAAAAUAGUAAUGUGGGAGGGUUAAAUGUCCCAUAUUGAAUAUAAAUACUUGAUAAAUUUAAAACAUUAAUUCUUGACUUUUGAAAUCAAAAAAUUAGAUUGCCUGUAUAAUAUAAUAUGUUAGUUGACCAUUAUUUUAAAGAGCUACAUAAGUAGUGAAUAUUACAUAAUGUUGAGCAUUGGAAAAUAACCCUCCCAAGUUGUGCUAAUGAUUAUUAUAAAAUAAUAUUCAAGUUACCGGUUACUUCUUAAGUUUGAGGGUUACAAAUAUAUUCUUAAUUAAUUAGUAGCAACUUAAAUUAAUCUCAAAAUAUUCAUUUCUUUGCUUAGACUCACUCUGUCUUCACUGUCAUUACUAACGGUAUGAUUAUGUAUGAUUUAUUGAAAGUUGAUUUUUACAUUUAUUAAGUAAUGUAUUUAAUGAAGGUUUUUUAAUACACAUGAUUUUUAUUCAUGUGAUAAAUACCAAAUUAAUUUCUAAUAGUAUAUUAGAAAAAAAUGUAUGUGUUGAAGCUUUAAUUUUUUUUUCUUAUCAUUGUUUAUUAAAUAUAUUUUUUUUCUUGACAGAUUAAUAUUUUUUUUAAUAUAACUAUAUAUAUAUAAAUUUGCAUUUUUUAGAGAAAAACAAUUAAUUUCAUUACGUUUGCGCCAGUAUUAAUUUUACAAUCAAAAGUAUUAUUACAUUUUGAAAAACAUAUUUCUACAAAUAUAUUUUGUAAAUUUAUUGUAAAAACCGUUUCCUAAUAAGAAAAAUCUCCAUAGUAAUAAUUUUUUAAUUUUAAUUUUAGGUUAUUUUUAUUUUUACAUUUAAAAAAACUUAAGUUUAUAUCAUUUUUUUUAAGUGCUAAAAUGUACCUUUAGAUUAUUCAUUCGUUACUUGCUGCAAUUUUAAUAUUUGUUCAGAAUAUAACAAUAAUGGUAACUAUAUAAUUAUAAAAAUAUGAAAAUAUCAAUUGUCAAUCAAAUUCCGUUUACAGUUAAUUAUUCAAGUAUAUUUAACAUAUAAUGAGUGUAAAAAAACAUAUGGUAUGAACAAUUACUAGUGGUCAAAGUUGGUUAAAAUAAUAUUGAAAUAACAAAAUAUAACCCAUUAAAGUGAAAAAAUGAAUUAAUAAUAUAAAUAAAAAUAAAAUUAAGUGAUAAUAAAUAUUCAAUUAAUAGUGGCUUAUCUUUAAGAAAAAUAAAAAGUAUUGGGAUACGUUCCUCUCACCUUCCUCCACUUUGACCACUUGUUAUUAUUUAAUACUGUUACACAUUUUAUGUUUGAUGGUUUUAGUUACAGACAAAAGAUAAAUGUAAUAUGCUUUUCUUACAACUAACUAUAUGGUGCCUACUUUAAUUGCAAGCAGUUAUUUUCCAAUAAUUUCAAUCAAUGCCUCAAAAGUUGACCCUGAUUUAUUUUAAAUUUAUAAACAUAUUUACAUUGAUAAAGAUAUUUUUCACAUAAACAUUUAGCUACCAAGUUUAGUCACUGUCUACCAGUGGCAUGGCAAAAUUUAUAUUU